GGGCUGCGCCUGCGCGAGGCUUCGGAGGCGAGGCUCGGCGGGCGGUGCCACGGGCCUCGAAAAGCGGGCGCUGGCUUUUGACACGGAGUGGCUGCCGCGGCUCGGGCUGCCUAGGCUGUGGGUGUCUGACCCCGACCGCAGUCGGCGUUGAGGGGGCGUGCCUCUGGAUCGAGCUAUGGUGGAAGAUGUUUCGGAAAGGGAAGAAGCGACACAGCAGUAGCAGCUCCCAGAGUAGUGAAAUCAGUACUAAGAGCAAGUCUGUAGACUCCAGCCUUGGGGGGCUCUCGCGAUCCAGCACCGUGGCGAGCCUCGAUACCGAUUCCACCAAGAGCUCAGGACAAAGCAACAGUAAUUCAGACACCUGUGCAGAAUUUCGAAUAAAAUACGUUGGUGCCAUUGAGAAACUGAAACUCUCCGAGGGAAAAAGUCUCGAAGGGCCACUAGACCUGAUAAAUUAUAUAGAUGUCGCCCAGCAAGAUGGAAAGUUGCCUUUUGUUCCUCUGGAGGAAGAAUUUAUUAUGGGAGUUUCCAAGUAUGGCAUAAAAGUAUCCACGUCAGAUCAGUAUGAUGUUUUGCAUCGGCAUGCUCUAUAUUUAAUCAUCCGGAUGGUGUGUUAUGAUGAUGGUCUGGGGGCAGGAAAAAGCUUAUUGGCUCUGAAGACCACAGAUGCGAGCAACGAAGAAUACAACCUGUGGGUUUACCAGUGCCACAGCCUGGAACAAGCACAAGCAAUCUGCAAAGUUUUAUCCACUGCAUUUGACUCUGUGUUGACAUCUGAGAAACCCUGAAUUCUGCAGUCAAGGGGAAGCAGACUUCACGUGCAAGUUCCGCCGUUUUCUCAAUAGUUCUGUUUUCACUCUGCGGUGGUGUUGAACUAUUCUGGAAACAUGAGCGAUCCUUGGCUCUGGAUUUUCUGAAGAAACGCAAUGUAUAAAAUAACAGUCGUUUGUUUUUCUAUUAAAAUGUAUCUUAUUUAACAGUGAGUUAACGCUCAGUGAAGUUACCUACCUACUGGGACUAAAAAAGCAACGUCAUUUGUCGCUUUUAAACACAAAUAAGCUUAAUAACCUUUACGUGUCGCAGAAGUGCCCUCGGUGAUGAAUGAACAUGGAGAACUUUCUGAGGACGACCAAGGCCGUCUAUCCUGUAGCACCGGCAGGUGACACUGCCAACUCAAGUCACAAAGAGGAAAACUUUAAAAGUGUACUGUCAGGAUGACAUGCUGGUAACCCGCAAUAAUCAUCUUCAGGGUAAUUAGAAGUAAUAAAACCUUCAAAGAUUACUGCUCACGUUAAAAGUCACACACUGUAAAGAAUCUCAUGUUCAGUAGGCUAGUGUAUUUUUAAAAGGACUGUUUUUAUAUAUAGUGCUUUACUAAAGAUUAAAAACAUGAAAAACACCAUGUCCAUUUAAAAGUAUUUUAUUUUUUUCCAGUCAAAGGACUAGCUAACAAGAAGAGUAAACUUAUUAAACAUGCUCUAAUUAGGACAAUGAAAAUAAGAACUGAUUUAGGUUAUACAGUAUAUACAGUUGCGCUGCAACUAGACCGAAGUAAUCAAGUGAAUGAACUGAAUAUCAUACAUCUCAGACAGUAUCCACCCUGUGGACCGUGGUACCCGCCCACCCCUUCACAGAUCACACAGUAACCAUUAGUCUGUGGACAGAUUUCUGAGUCGCCAUCCCUAGAAGUCAGAUCUGAUGGAGAAUGGCAUGCCAAAUGCCAGAAUCCUGCAGCUAAGUUCAUGACAUGUAAACUUUAAAUAUAAAUAGAUAUCUACAAUGUGUUCCUUUCUCUCAGUUGCUUUUUUUUUUAAUUUGCAAAGAGCAAAUAACUAGGAAAGGAUAUUAGUAGGGAAGUUAAUAUAAUUUCUCCUCUGGCAAGAGUAGUAUUAAUUACUGCACAACAGCACCACCAAAUUGUAGAUUGGAAAAAUAUUUCCUAGAUAUUGAUGUACCAGUGAACCUGAUAUAUCAGUUCGGGACUGGUGUUCAAAUGCUGAUAAGAAUCAACUUUAAUUCCUUACACAGCUGGCACCAAGUAGUCAAAAGGCUGAUUAUAAGAUACAGAUGUGGGAGCGUUGUAUUAAAAUAUACAUAGGAAGUGCACUGUGCAAAACAUCUGUUUACUUUCUUAAACCUAUGAGAGAAUUAACUAAAUGAAGGGUUCAAAACCAGAAAUUAACCAUUAGUGAAAACAGAUGUAGUGCUUUUAAAAAAAGACUUUAAUUACAGAUCUAACACAUUUUUUCCCAGAACUCUGAAAGGCAGAUUGCCAUACAACAUCAUAAAACAUUCCAGUUUAUUCUGUCUCCCUUUAUAACAAUGAAAAAAUACAAUGCAAUUUAAAAAAAAAAGCUCUG